CAAGCCACACACAUGGAGCUGAAGGAAAACAAGACAGCUCUUUCUGAAGCAGAUGGAAUUGACAACUUUGCCUUCCAGAAGGAUCAUGGAUAUGAGGACACUAUAAAUGAGGAAGAUUUCAGAAAUCCUUCCCUCAGAAGCAGGAAUUUACAAAAUGGGGAUAAUGUGCAUACUGUCCAGGAGGACGCAUACAUCGAUAUUGAGAGUGAUCAGCAUAGAAACAAGCGUGACUCAAUUGAAGAUGAGAAGCCACGCUUAAAAGGGUGUUUAGAACAUAAAUAUGAUGAAGUCCGUGGUUUUUGCAAGAAACAUAAAACCACAAUUCGAUAUGUGAUCUAUGGAAUUUUAAUAACAGCAUAUUUGGCAGUGGUCAUUUCAGCGUGCAUCUUGAACUUUCACAGAGCCCUGCCACUCUUUGUACUUACAAUUGUAGCCAUCUUUUUCAUCUGCUGGGAUUACUUAAUGGCUAAAUACGAAGAUAAAAUAUCUGCGUUCUUUGCCCCUUGUAGACAGUUUCUGAAAAGAUGGUGGUUCUGCCUGAAAUGGCUGCUUGGCAUAGUUCUUAUUGCAGCUGUCAUUUGUUGGCUCAUAUUUGACACAGCAAAACAAGGAACCAAUCAGCUCAUCUCAUUUGGUGGGCUUGUGAUGUAUGUUCUAGUGAUGCUAAUCUUUUCCAAAUACCCAACCAGAGUUGCCUGGAGACCUGUAUUUUCAGGCAUAGUCGUGCAGUUUGUUCUUGGGCUUAUUACGCUGAGGACUAAAGCAGGAUUCGAAGUAUUUAAUUGGCUGGGUAGGCAGGUACAGGCUUUCCUGGGAUACUCGGAUGCUGGUGCAGAAUUUGUUUUUGGUAAAAAAUAUGUGGAUCACUUCUUUGCCUUUAAGGUCCUGCCAAUAGUGAUUUUCUUCAGCACUGUGAUGUCUAUGCUUUACCACGUUGGAUUCAUGCAAUGGCUCAUUAAAAAGGUUGGUUGGAUUAUGCAGAUUACCAUGGGGACGUCUCCUGUUGAAUCCCUAGUAGCAGCUGGCAACAUAUUUGUGGGACAGACAGAGUCCCCCCUUCUGGUGCGGCCUUAUUUACCACAUGUCACCAAGUCAGAGCUGCAUUCAAUCAUGACUGCGGGGUUCUCCACCAUUGCUGGCAGCGUCCUAGGAGCAUACAUUUCGUUUGGGAUUUCAGCCUCCCACCUCCUAACAGCUUCUGUGAUGUCAGCCCCAGCAUCGCUGGCUAUUUCCAAAAUCUUCUGGCCUGAGACUGAAACGCCCAAGGUUACUCUGAAGAGUGGCAUAAAAAUGGAGAAAGGAGACUCAAAAAACUUGCUGGAAGCUGCCAGCCAAGGUGCCACUGCCUCGAUUCCCUUGGUGGCAAACAUCGCUGUGAACUUGAUUGCCUUCCUUGCUCUGCUGGCUUUUGUUGACUCAGCGCUGUCUUGGUUGGGGAAUAUGUUUGACUACCCACAGUUAAGUUUUGAGGUCAUUUGUGCCUAUGCCUUCAUGCCAUUUUCUUUUAUGAUGGGAGUAGACUGGGAAGACAGUUUUAUUGUUGGUGGUCUCCUUGGCUACAAGACAUUCUUCAACGAAUUUGUGGCUUACGAACACCUUUCUGAAUUGAUUCACAAGAGAGAGAAAGGUGGGCCAGUGUACAUGAACGGUGUGAAGCAAUAUAUGACUAUCCGUUCUGAAACCAUUGCCACCUAUGCCCUCUGUGGGUUUGCAAACUUUGGCUCUCUGGGACUGGUAAUCGGAGGACUCACAUCCAUGGCUCCUUCCAGAAAAAGGGACAUCGCUGGUGGUGCCUUUAGGGCAAUGAUUGCUGGUACCGUUGCCUGCUUCAUGACAGCCUGUAUUGCAGGAAUAUUAUCUGUGCCUGUUGUGGAAGACGUUCCAUGCUACAUUAUGUUAGGGAAUGCCUUCAACUCAACAGGUUCACCAAGCAACACCACAAAAGUAAUUAGCUGCUGCCAAGACCUUUUUAACAGCACCAUCACAAACCCAGGUGGAAACUACAGCCUGCACUUCUUGAAAGGAUGUUGCCAAAUACUAGACCCUCCCACUUUUAAUUGCAGUUGGACUACUAAAUUAUUUUGAACUAGGACUGGACAUAAAUAAGAAGCUGGAAUAGGAUCUUGUCUCUGUGCUGGACUGGUGGAAAGAAAAUAGAAGGGGCAAAACUUGGUUUAAGAAAUAUGCAAUAGUUUGAACCUUGUUUUCCUCACAUAAACAUGCGACUCCUUUGACUUGAGCAGCAUAACUCCUAAAUUACACUAGGUAAGUAAUAAUAAGGUCAAACCCUCUUUCUGUGGAUGAAGUUUUUGGUUAUUAAAUCAUCCCAGAAAAUAACAUUACAACUACAUAAUGGGCCCAGCUGUUGUCUGAUUCUCAUCUGUCUUACAUUAGUAGAAACAGAAGUGAUGGAGUUGUUCAAAUAUAAAACUGGUGUAAAUAAGACAUUCCAAUCCAAAGCAUUUGGGAGCUGUUUAGUUUUGCUUCAUAAUUUUUGCUAGUAUUCAAAAUGGCAUCCAUUCUCACCAUAUUUCUUCUCUUUAUAAUAUUGAAACCAAAAUGACAUUUUUACUAUACCAAGAUAAUGGUGUUGCCUGCCCUUUGAACUCUAUGUAGCAGAACCCUUCUGGCUCUGACCAAAUGAUGGUAACUAUAUAAAUGAAAAUAUCCAGUUGUGAAUGAGUAUAAAUUUAUCUGUCAGAUGAGACUGCAGAUACAAGUCCUUGCAUUCCCACUACUUGUUCCUUUGCUAAUAAAAUCCUACCGUUCAGGUCACUAACAAGAAUAAG